AUGAUAUCAGAUUUCUUCUAUCCCCAGCCCGGAGGUAUGGAACUUCAUAUCUACCACCUUUCGCAAAAGCUCAUAGCCAGGGGACAUUCUGUUGUGGUAAUUACCCACGCUUAUGGCGACAGAACAGGGGUUCGAAUGCUGACUAAUGGCCUUAAAGUAUACUAUGUCCCAUUCUUUAUCAUAUACCGUCAAACGACUUUUCCAACGGUGUUUUCAUUGUUUCCCAUACUUCGUCAAAUCCUGAUCCGCGAGAGCAUCGAUAUAGUUCAUGGUCAUGGUACUUUCAGCUCCAUGUGUCACGAGGCAAUUUUGCACGCCAACACAAUGGGGAUUAAGACUGUUUUUACAGAUCAUUCGCUGUUUGGAUUUGCAGACGUGGGUUCGAUUUUGGGCAACAAACUGCUAAAAUUCACUCUCACCAAUAUCGGUCAUGUGAUAUGUGUUAGCCAUACGUGCAAGGAAAACACCGUUCUACGAGCCAGUUUGGAUCCGUCCUCAGUUUCUGUAAUCCCAAAUGCGGUUAUUGCUGAUGAUUUCAAACCUGCAGAGGUCAAACCGUCAUUGAAGAAAAUCACUGUUGUCGUGAUCUCGCGACUGUUUCAAAAUAAGGGGGCAGACCUUCUGACGGCCAUAAUCCCUCGGCUGUGCUCCACUCGGCCUGAUAUACAUUUCCUAAUUGCUGGCGAUGGCCCAAAGUUCAUCGAUCUAGAGCAGAUGAGGGAAAAGCACCAGCUACAAGAUAGAGUCGAACUCAUUGGAAGCAUACGGCAUCAACAGGUUCGGGAUGUGAUGGUGCAGGGACAUAUAUAUUUACACCCAUCUUUGACCGAAGCUUUCGGAACAGUACUGGUCGAGGCUGCGUCCUGCGGGUUGCUAGUGGUAACAACCAAGGUCGGAGGUAUUCCUGAGGUGCUCCCAAAUAAAAUGACAGUUUUCGCUGAUCCGGAUGAAGAGUCGCUGGUCGAUGCUGUGAAUCUGGCAGUGAGAAAGCUCAAAGAAAAUAAAAUUGAUACAAGCAGUUUUCAUGAAGAAGUUAAGAAAAUGUACGAUUGGGGAGAUAUCGCCAAGAGAACAGAAAAGGUGUACAACAUGGUCUUUGAAAGAGAGUCCCCCUCUCUUGUGGAUGUUCUAAUUAAGUACUACAAUUGUGGCCCUUGGGCUGGAUUACUGUUCAUAUUGUGCGUGGUCGUCGAUUUAUUUAUUCUCGAGUUUCUGACCUGGUGGUGGCCCGAGUGUGAUAUAGACAAGGUGAAGAAGUGGCCACAAAAGAAAGCCCAAAUAGACAAAUGA